UUAUGAGUGAAUGAAAAGUCGCAUUUAUUUGGCGUCGAGAAUCGUGGUUUUGCGAGGAUUAAAAGAGGGUAAAAAAGUGGAAAGUUGGAGGUGAUUCGAUCGAUAUUUUGGUGAAAACGGUGACGAAGUGUGUGUGCUUUUUAUGAGCCGUGUUAACUGGUGAUCGUUAUUUGUGAAUUUUAACGAAACGUUGGCCAAAAUGUUGGCCAAAGUGAUAGCGUUGACCUGCGCCUUUUGCUUGGUCCAGUGCGAUCUUUUGGAUCUUUAUGUCGAGCACAUGGACGAGACGAUGAGGACAUUAGCGUACAAGAGUAAUCAUCAUCAUCCUCGGGAUUUGAGCAGUAAAGUGCGAACGAGAAGGAGCAGCGAGGACGAGGCGAACUACUUCAAAAUCGGCAUGCUGAAGAAACAGCGGUUGGAAGUGGACGAGAAUUAUUGGAGUAUUCCGAAGGAGAAGAGGAAGACUAGCGAAAAGAAAACGUCGAUGGAUUACGACGCUCUUGAAUUUCCGAAUGAGAGAGACCAGCCCCAGGAGGCCGAUCGGUACGACCUGAUUGACGAGUAUUUGAGAAACGCAUCAAAAAUCAUCCGCGAUCAAUGGAGAAACUCGAACUCGGGGGCGGAGGCCGAAUCCAUGGAAGAAAAGAGCCAAAAGGAAAGCGAGCGCCUCGCAUCCCCCGGGAAAAACGCCGCGAGAAACGACACGUGGUACAAAAGAGCAAAAGAAUACGAGGCGCCCGGCAACAAAGGUCCCGGGGGCACGAAACCUCCGCCGGAGAUCGAGAAACAACAGGAAAAUUUCCAUCUCGAAUUCGAAGAAAGAGCGAAGCGCGACGCCAAAGAACCGGCUAAUUUUACGCGACAAGAAAUCCUCGACGACGAUGCUCACGUUUCGCUCGAAUGGGAUCCCAGUGACGAUGAAAUUGUGACCUUCAGAGUUAUCGCGAAAACCCUCGGAUACGUGGGCAUCGGAUUCAACGACAAGAGCCACAUGAUGGGAGCUGAUAUUCUCAUUGGUUGGGUCGACGAUCACACCGGAGCUGUCAAUCUUUUGGAUUCCCAUGGAAUUCAGGAGGCUAACGCUUCGCCGGUUACCGAUCUUUCGCAGGACGUCGAGGUUCUCGAGGGCUAUCAAAAUGGCACUCACACGUCCAUUACUUUCUGGAGGAAAUGGGAAACUUGCGAUCCCCAGGAUCGUCGAUUGUCGGCCGACAAUAUCCGAGUACUCUGGGCAUUCAACGAAAACGAUCCAGAGUUGAAUACCGGGGUUUGGCAUGGUGAAAAACGGGGCGGAAGAGCCUUAAGGCUCAGGGCACCCGGACUGAAGGCAUCGCCACCGGUCAACCCGGACUCUCGUCACUGGGACAUAAAACUUAAUCGGUUCGCGGUGACCGAGAAUCAGGACACGGUUUACUGGUGCAAAAUAUUCACAGCGCCACCACUUACGAAGAAAUAUCACAUGAUCGGGUACGAGCCUCUGGUUGAAAAAGCGAAUCUUGGUUUGGUCCACCAUAUGAUUCUCUACGAAUGUGCCUCAACGCUGCCAAUUUUGGGACAGCACGCCAGGUUGGCCGGGGCACCGUGCUACGGAUCGACGAUGCCUCGGGAAUGGGACUCUUGUAUCCAGCCUGUGGUUGCUUGGGCACGUGGGAGCAGAGGCGAAUGGUUCGCCGAAGACGUCGGAAUCCCAAUCGCCGAGCACAUCGAAGGCUCGUACUACAUGCUCGAAGUGCACUACAACAAUCCCGGCCUCAAAAGUGCUAUCGACAGCAGCGGUGUCAGACUCCACCUGACUCCGAACUUGAGGCCCAAAGAAGCCGGCAUCCUUGUGACCGGAGUCGCCGUCAACCCUCUGCACAUGGUACCGCCGCGACAAAAGGAAUACGCUACUGCUGGCUAUUGCACGCCGACGUGCACCAACACUCUUUUUCCGGAGGACGGUGUGAACGCCAUUUCGGUGGUGCUCCACUCCCACCUCGCCGGCCGUCGAAUGAGCCUGAAGCACAUUCGCGAGGGCAAAGAAUUGCCGAACAUAGUUCGUGAGAAUCAUUUCGAUUUUGACUAUCAGCAAUCGCACAGUCUCGAUGAGGAGGUCAAAAUAAUGCCCGGUGACGAGCUCGUCACCGAGUGUGUUUACGGAACCCAAGAUCGGACGACGCCAACACUGGGCGGUUACGCAGCGACGCAGGAAAUGUGUCUCGCAUUCAUCGUUUAUUAUCCGAGGACCGAGCUCGCGGGUUGUUACAGCAUAACACCGGCCAAGGAUUUGUUCAGGACGCUCGGGGUGCACAGUUUUAAGGGGAUAACGAUGGACCAUUUGGAGAAGCUUUUCCUGACCACCGGAACCGAAGCAGUCGCGCUGCCGACGAGUUUGCAGCAGCAACUUCCGGCGUACCAGGAAGCCCCGAGGAACGACGAGCUCGACGCAACGAUAAUAAAGGAAGCAGAAACGGCUUUGCGAGCAAUGAGAGAUUAUUCCGAAUCGGAUCCGGAUCGCGACAACGUUUUCGCGAGGCUAAUCAUCGAAGACCCUGAAGAAUUUCGAGGUCGUACACUCUCCGAACACAUGUUGGCGCUCCCGUGGUCCGAAGAGCUUUUGGCACGAUCGAUCGAGGACAGUUUAUACCACGGAAGACACAUGACCUUCUGUAGGAAGAGGGACGACAAAUUGGCACUCCCUGCAGACAUUCAAAUGUUUCCAAACUUCACGGCCUUGCCUGAGCCCGAAGCAGUAAAUUGCAGCAGUUUCCGCUUGACUUCCGGUGCAAAUGCGUUAGACCGAAAUUUUCUGAUGAUCUCCAUCGUCAUCUAUGCUCUCAGUGUAUCAUUGCUGUAGACAUUCCACUGUAGAAAGAACAAAGAGAAACCUCAGGCGCUAAGCCUCGACCCCGUGUACAUUUACUCAUCGAAAUCAUUGUAAAUUCCUUCCCCAAUCUAUUUAUUUUUUCUACACAAAACGCGUGCUUUAGUUCUGUAUACUAUUUCGUUUAAUAAGACCGUUCGAAACUGGUCAAGAAUAAACAAAUGAUUUAUUGCCUCACGUAUUAGUUCCUCAAACAUUUCACGAGGAUGAAACAAAGUCGAAAACGAAAGGCUGAAUUCCCCGUGGAAAAGCGAACACGAAAAAACAAACAUUUCACUCGUUCUCGUUGAAAAUAUAUUCAAUAUAUUUAACAUUAUUUUCUCAUUAUUUCAAGCCACUUGUGUUUCCACGGGGAAAGGGAGGACGACGAAAUUUUUGAAAAAUUUUGGCGCUGCACAAUAUUUUAUUAAUAUUGUUAAUAUAAUAAAAAUGUAAAUAUAUUUAUAAGCAAUUAUUAUUUCUAUUAUUAUCAUCAUCACGUUAUCAUCAGCGAGAGUAAAAAGGAGUGAACGCCUGAGAACAAAACGCCUCUGUAAUGCGUCUGUAAAAUAAAAUAAAAUUG